AUGUCUGUGGCGCCCAAAGAUGUCUUCGGCCAUGGCACCGAAGAAGACCUCACGCUUGAGCACUUGGGUUAUCAGCAAGAUGCCGGUGGUCCACCGGUUAUGCUCUUCGGAUGGUUAGGCGUGUGUGUAAUUACUUUUGCGGUUGCCCUAUCCAUGGCAGAAUGGUGCUCAAGGUGGCCCGUGGCCGGAGGGCAGUAUUCAUGGGUCUUUCUGCUGGCUCCACCAAAGAUCGCUCGAGAGAUGUCGUAUAUAACGGGGUGGUUCAUGCUAAUGGGUAUCCUUGCCAUGGGCUCUGCGAACAACUCAUUUGCGGCCAACUUCAUCCUGGGACAAGCAAAUCUGGUAUAUCCUGAGUAUGUGAUUGAACGAUGGCAUACUGUCUUGGUCACUUAUGCCGUCGCGAUCUGGGCUCUCCUGGUCAAUACAUUCAUGCCACACCUGCUCAACCGCCUAUCCCGGGCUAUCCUGCUGUGGAACGUUUGCUCGUUCGUCAUCAUCGUCGUAGUUCUACUAGCAACCAACAAAGACAAACAAGAUGCCGCAUUUGUAUUUCAGGAUUUUCAGAACACAACCGGUUGCGGAUCCGCAAUGGCAACAAUGGUCGGAAUUCUUCAAAGCUUCUUCGGCAUGUGCUGCUACGAUACCCCAAGCCACAUGACAGAAGAAAUGACACAUGCCUCGCGAGAUGCACCCAAAGCCAUGGUCAUGUCUGUUGGUAUGGGCGCUGUAACGGGGUUCAUUUUUCUAUUGACGCUCUGCUUCUGCAUCGGCGACAUCGAUGCCACUGCAAACUCCUCCACAGGCGUCCCCGUGCUGCAGAUCUUCUACGACUCAACCCAUAGCAAAGUCGCCGCCUGCUUCAUGACCAGUAUGAUGACAGUAAUUAUGAUGGUAGCAUCAGUAAGUCUUGUCGCAGAGGGCUCUCGAGCACUAUUCGCAUUCGCACGAGACCGGGGAAUGCCAUUCUCAGGGAUCUUAUCCCAAGUGGAGAAGAGGAGAAAGAUCCCGAUAUAUGCGAUAUUGUUCACCGUUGUGGUGCAAAUGGCUUUCAACUCGAUUUAUUUCGGGACCGUUACUGGUUUUGAUACGGUUGUAGCUAACAGCAUCACCCUUUCAGACGUCUCCUACGCACUGGUCCUCCUUGCUCGACUUCUCGGGUAUUUCUUUGGCCAUGACAUCGCCCCAGUCGACGGACCUUACUCCUUCCCGUUGCCCAUAUCGCUCGGCCUGCACGGCCUAGGGUUUCUAUUCCUGUUUUUUGCGUUUAUUACCUUCAACUUCCCUUCAGAUGCACCAGUCACUCCGAAUUCGAUGAACUACACUAGUGCGGCGAUCGGGUUGAUUGCGUUGCUGAGCAUUUUCACUUGGCUCAUUACGGCCCGGAAGCAAUUCAAGGGACCGGCUGAUGUGCAGGACUUGGUUGUAGAUGGAGUGGAGCAGAGUGUUGUAUGUUCCGAUAAGCGUGGGUUAUAUUAUCAUCCUGUGGCAUGCAUAUUUAGAUUUGAGCUUAUACUUGAACGGGGUCAUCCUACUAUUCACCCAUGGCUGGUUUCCGAAGAUGUUUCUACAUAA